UAUACAACAUGCUGCUCCACUGCACCAACACUCCAAAGCUCACAUGCUUUGAUCCCCCUCCUCUCCUCUCCGUCUUCUUCCCCGUCUUCUCCACCCAAGAGAACGCCUAAUUCUUGGGUGAGAUCGAUCGAGGAGCGUCCAGUCGAUCACGAAGAACUCGAUCAUCCUCUAUUCUUGCAUCCACCAGGUGCUCGAUCUGAUCUUGGCACAAAAGAUUUGAUUUUGGAGACACCAGGAGGAGGAGGAAGAAGAGGAGGAGCAGGUGAUCUUGUUCUUGGAUCGAUGAUGGGGUACUUCCGGGCGCCGAGGCUCCACGGGAGGAAGCAGGCGGCGGGGAGGGAGCGGGAGCUUUACGGCGGGGAGAGCCUGAGCGCGACGCUGCUCGACGCCGACGAGCUGGCGGCGGUGCCGAAGGGGUACUUCGCGGUGUAUGUGGGCGCGGAGGCGCGGCGGUUCGUUGUGCCGACGAGCUACCUCUGCCAGCCGGCGUUCCGGGACCUCAUGGAGCGCGCCGCCGAGGAGUUCGGCUUCGCGCAGGCCCGCGGCAUCCGCAUCCCCUGCCGCGAGGAGGACUUCGAGGCCACCGUCGCUGCGCUCGAGGCAGCCGCGGCAAGCCGGCGGUGGCGGCCGGGCAGGACUGGCACGGCGAUGGUCAAGGCCAUGUCACUUUAGCAGGCUCACCGGGCAGCCAAAUUGAGUUGAUUAACUCAAAUCAGUGAAAUCGCCCUUGGUUCCAUAGGCUUAAUUAGCUAUGGAGCAGUAGAUAAUCUUUGUGGAGCAAUGUUUGUUUUGUGAUGACUCCGAAACUGACAUGAAACAUGAAAAAGAAUAAUUUACUUCUGUGCAUUU